UUCGGCUAUGCUUCGUCACUAAGUAUAUGCCCGAAAUUUUCAGCAGUGACCAAAUUCUAGAGAAGCAGCAUUUUACAAAUCUCAAGUCCUGCAUGUCGAUGCCACCUAAGUUGAAGUGCCACAUGUGCACCUUAGCCUAAGUGUGACGAACUUUUCAUUUGGCUUGAGGUAAAUUAAACACUUUCUGCAGCUCUGAGAACUCCCUAUCAGUGUUGGCAGGGGUGGCGCAAGUCAACCAACAUUGGGGGGGGGGGGGGGGGAGGGAAAUUUUUUGGAUUAAAAAGAUGGGGUUUGCCAUUUCUAGGGGGGGGGGGGGGGGUAACAUUAUUUUUGGUGACAAAUGGAAGAAAAUUCCCUGAUUUUGUUGAGCAAAAAAGAGAAAUUUUUGAAGAUUGGGAGGUGCCGCACCCCCGACACCCCCCGAUCGCGCCACUCCUGAGUGUCGGACUCUAACUAAAUAUUGAUAAUAAGUUUUUUCAAUGUUUCUGAGAGCCUAUUCGUUUGAAAAGUAAAAAAGAAGGACGAAGAAGGACAUUCUAAAAAUAGAAGGAAAAAAGAAGGAAAGAAGGACCGGUGCGAGACCUGUAGAUGUGUUAGGCUUCAUCGAGAUUGAAGAAAUCGAAACAGUUGAGACUCAAGGAUAUCUGAACAUUCGAAUACUUGCUAUGGAUUUUUUGUUUUCUUUUGCAUACAAUUUCGAUGAAAAUUGCAAGUGCAUUUCAAUUGAAAAUAAACUUAAUAUGAUUUUGUGAAAUGUAAAUAUGACGUUGAAAUAAUCGAAGAUAAUGCUACAUCAGUAGAUAGUUAAUGGUUAUUUUGCAGUAGCAUGAUAAUUGUUGGGUUUUUAUAUAAAAUCUGUACAGAAGUGUUUUUUUCGUUUUUGAUCAAAAUACAAUAGUUUACUUAAAAAUCAACAAAAUUAGCGGUACAUUAUAUUUAGUUUGUUUAUGAAAUUCAUGCUUUGUCUUUUAGACAUUAGUUUUGUUUUAAUGAAACAUUAUUGAAGAAAAAAAAAGAGCAGCAUAUUUGAGCAACCAAGUUUUUUGCUCAGUAAAUGUUCAAGAAGGGGUACCAUCAAGUCAAAGCAUGCAAUUCUUACCUGUAUGUACUUUCUGGAAGAUUCUUUCAUCAGUAGGAAACAUCAAAAAGGAAAAUUAAACAUUAACACUCGAUUAACCAUUUCUUUCAUUUUAAUGUUGAUAUAUCAAUGAAAUAAAUUUGUUUUUUUUUCAAUUCUCAUGCAUUAGGGUCAGUAAAGAAAUAAUGCAUAAUUAAUUUAUAGGCAAUCAAUUCAUAAAUUACUCUCAUAUAGAAGAGAGGAAAAUAAUAACUGCUAUGUUCUUUUUUUGUAAUAGAAUUAAGUAUGACAUUAAAUUACAAUUACUUUUUAUUGACAGAUUUCUUCUGUUAUUAUAGUUCGUCAUAACUAUUUUAUCAUAUUUUUCUACUUAUAGUAACGAUCAAACUCGUUCGAAAUAUUUCACUGAAAGAUCAAAUGGUUAUAUUCAUCCAAGACGUAUACCAGAACAUCAUUCAUAUCCAUUACGUAGUUAUCCAUAUAGUCACAGCGGUUUUAUUCCAUUUAACUACAAUGAAACAGAUGAUCGCGCACGUGUAAUACGUGAUUUAGUUUAUGACUUCAACCAUGGGGGAGGAGGAAAUCGAUCUUUUAACAUGAAUCGUGAUAUUGAUGAUGAUGAUGAGAUAUUCGUUUAA